AUGUUUUAUGACGACAUAAGUCUCUUCGGAGAAACACCAUUUGAUGAUACCAAACUUAUGCUUUGUGAAGUACCAGAGAUAGAUAAGGAAGACUUUGGGAUGCUUAAUGACUUCCCAUCAGUUUGAGAGCUAAAACCUCAUGAAGUUAUUGAGAAAAGAUGCAACAGAGAAGAUACUAUUGACAAGUUCUUAAAAUCAUCUUUCUUACAAGAUAAGAUCUUUGAAGAAGAUGACCUCAGUAAAAAUCAGUUCUCUCUCAGCACAGAGGAAGUUUUAGAAAAUCCUGAAAAGAAGAAUGUGUUGAAGACCUCUCCUACCAAAAAAUCUAAGAAGCCUCAAGCUUCCAGAAGAGAAGGCUUGAGAAAAAGAAUUGUCAAGAAGAAGCCCAAAAAGCCAAAGAUUGCUCAGAAAGUGAAAUCUUUCGAGAACAGAACAAGGUUUUGCAAAAAGCAUGACAGAGAGAUGUUCCUGGUACUCAACAGACUUUGCAAAGAAUCUGGGAUAUCUCCAUCAGAGUUUGAAGGAACUGAAUUCCCGCUUUCUGAGAACCUGAUGGAAAUUCUUGAGCAACUGAUAACAGAAAUAAAUUGGAGAAGAAGUAGAAAAAUUCCGUUAUUAAGCAGGAUAAGAAAGCUUAUGAUGGAUAAGGCCUUCUCAAUUCGUGAUGUGAAGUUACUAACAGCCCUAGCCACCCAACACCAAUCAAAAUAUGGGUUCAUAGAUUACGAGGCUAUCAUGUAUUAUUUCCCUGGGAAAACUACCCAAGCUCUUAUGAAAGCCUACGAAGACUCUCUAAGCUAA